ACAAGAAGGUCCAAGCCGCUGCAGGGCGGUCACCUGAAUGCUGGCCCGUCGCAGGUACUUCUGAGGCGCGUCUCCAGGGCCUCGGCAUGCGGUGAUAGCCCGCCCUGGAUGCCUCACCCUUUCGCCUCGCCCAUGACAGGGCACGAGCACCAGACAGGGAGAUGAGGGAAGUUUCAGGUGGUGUGUGUGACCUGUGUGGAGAUGACCACCCAGCUGGUAACUGUGUCACGUCCCCACAUCCAGAUUUCCAGAGCAAAUCUCUGAAGCAUCAUGAGGCCCAGUUGGCAUACCAGAGUCUGCCUCCGUGGGUGGAAGUGCAAGAAGGAGCUGUGGGCCAGCAAGUGGUAGUAAGGGAACAGGUACCACAUCUGACACGGCUUGGGCCUCUGGUGGCUCCCCACACACCUCACCUCCCACCUGACACUACCUUUCCUCUCAAGAUCUGCCACAAGGGAGGUGGCCACACAUUCCUGGACCUGUCACGAAAGUGGCUCUGCAAUUGGCUAAGCCUCAUCCCUGUUGGCUCACCUUCCAACCAUAACUUGCUGGUGUGUCAGAUAGAUGACCUGAUUUAUUAUGUAUCAACUGAGAACAUUCCAGCUGAAUCAGAGCUGGUGGUGUGGUAUGCUCCGUUCUACCAACCGAAAGUACAGAAGGAGUUGGAGGAGCUGGGCAGCCCUCACAGCCUUGUCGGAACUGCUGUGGUCACUCAGAAAGUCAUCUCAAGUGGUCAGCCCCCAGCGAGGAAGAAUCUGGUGGUCGCUCCUUCCCUGGCCAGGAUAGUGGUGGGCCAGGGUGAGGUGACCUUCACCCACCACAGUGUGCCACAGAGUGACUCUGGCUGCCAUGUAACUCAUGAACUGACAGAUGUAGAUGGCAAGUGUGCCACUAAUGUGGUGACUCUUAGACAUACUGCAGUAACUGAACUUUCUACUGUUAUGCUCCAUGAUUUUUCACCAACAAAAAAAUACUCUCAAGGGAAGAACACUAUUCAGUUAUGUACCAGCCAGCCACCACAAGUAAGCUCUGAGUCCAGUAUCCAACUGGCCCCAGUCAGGGAAGAUGCUACAGGACCAGAGUGUGUUGUGAGACUCACCAUCACUGCAGCAUCUGAGUCUGGUGAGGAGCAUGCCUUGAUGGGGGAGGACACUGCUGAAGAUGUGCCUCUGCCUCUUCCCAGUGAUGCUGAGGGAAGUGGGAAAAUUCACAGCACUGUAGCACCACGCCAUAGGAAAAAAAAUAGGCAGCUGAAUGGACAUCAAUCAGGAGUGUGUAUGGCUGGGUCAGAUAUGGUGAAGCAGCUGCCACCCAGGGCACUUGGAGCACGGGAUCCACGGCCCUGGACUUGUACAUAUUGUGGGGAGCCCUACACUUGCCUUCUCACCUUUACCAAACACCUCAAGGCACACUUACUGUGGCUUGUGGGACGAUGUCAUGUGUGUGAGGAGUGUGGCAUAUCCCUAUCAAGUGCAGAACAGUUGCAGCGACACCAACAUUCAGCUCACCUGUGCACUGACCUUGCACAAUCCUCCAGCAGCAUUGCUGAUAAAAAGGCAAAAGGGAUUGCCAGAAAGAAGAAUAUUAAACCUAAGGCAGCCAAUGAUGAGGUGAAUGAUAAAGAAGAGGAUCUGGAUGACCCUGAUGAGGACAGAAGUCACAGUAGCCUGAAGAAAAUUCCUGCCCUGCCCACCAAACCAAUUGAAGGUCCUCAUAGCUGCCAAAUAUGUACCAAGAGCUUUCACAAGCCUCAGUAUCUACUGCGGCAUCUUCGUAAACACUCAGGGGAUUUCACAUGUCAGUCAUGUCUGAAGGUGUUUGCCCGCAAGGAGAGUCUACUGAAACACCUUUGUCCAGGGGGAGGGCAGGAGGCCAGCCUUUCCUGCCCAGUGUGUGGCCGCUCCUUCCUUAACCCUCAGCUCCUGCACCAGCACCACCUCAAGCAUCAAGGCUCCAAGAAAUGUGAGAGAUGUGGCCGGGUGGUCUCCUCACAAGAUGCACUGCAACGCCACAUGACCACCUGCCCCUCUGUACAAGUCACAAAGUGCUACCAGUGUGAGGUGUGUGGGAAGCAGCUGGCCUCUGUGAAGCAGUUGGAGAGUCACAGAGCACACCACCGUCAGCAGCACCACUGUCACCUGUGCAACAAGCCCUAUAGUAACCUGUCCUAUCUUGCUCGCCACCUGCCCCUUUGUCGCCAGAGCCAUCAGCUGUUUUCUCUUGGCCAUGUAGCAUGUGAGGAUUGUGGUAAGGAGUUCACUGAUGCCUCAGCCUUCCGCACCCACCACCACACUCACACCCACCCUUUCAAGUGCUCGGGAUGUAACCACAGAUUCCAGACUCGUGUUGGCUUUGAGGUACAUGUUUGUGAAGUGGAGCAACAGUGUGACCAGUGUGGUACCAACUUCCGCUCCCUCCAGGCACUCAACAGACAUGCAGCAGUGCAUGGCCCCCCACCAUACUCUUGCAAGGCAUGCCGCCGCUCCUACUACAGGAAGGAGAGCCUUGAUCGCCACAACUGCAGCAUUGAGGCUGAGGUGAAGGAGACACCACAGACCAAGGAGGAAAAUCUGCACACAUGCAAUGUGUGUGGUACCCAGCUAGCCAACCGCCAAAGCCUCACCACACACCUGCGUUCUGUCCAUGGACAGUCAAAUGGGAAGGUGCUGAAUUGUGAGACUUGUGGCAAAGAGUUCCACCGACGUGAUCUGCUGCACCAACACCAGGCAGUCCAUGGGCCACCUUCACUGCCAUGUCCCACCUGCCAUAAGCUGUUCAAAACUCCCAAGUCUCUGGAGGUACACAGCUUCAUUCACCUGAACAUCAAGCGAUUCAGCUGCAAAUACUGCAAUAAGAAAUUCCAUCAGAAAGUCAACUUGAUUCGUCAUGAAAGGAGUCACUUACCUCGAGGCACAGUCAAAUGUCAGUACUGUACCACCCACUGCUCCUCCACUGAGGAACUCAAGGCCCACCUGCUGUCCCACACACUUUCCCAAGAAGACCAGGAGGAACAGCCUCAAGAUCGAGCUCCUCUCACACUGAUCAAGAAGGAGGCACAUCACAUUAAGAUAGAGGAGGCCAGGGAAGUACUGCUACCACAGUUCACAUCACACACAGUUGUUGAACCCCAGUUGAAAUUUGUGCCUGGGAGCAAGAAUGAGCUAGGGGGAAGCCAGACAAUGUGUGACCCAGGCCAUGUUCUGGCUGCCAACUCAGGGCUGCAAGGGAACAGUGAUGAACUGAAAAUCAUAGUGAAGGAAAGAACAGCAUCCAGGUUGAAGACUGAAAUGAAUAAAGUGUGCCCAACUGUAGUAUCUGGCUUCAGGACCAAAGUGAUGCACAGUGUAGUCCCAGUCAUGGCCUCAGAGCUUACACUCCAGGCUGCUGCUGUUCCCCACUCAGAUGUUACUAGCCAGUCCACUGUUUUUCUGCCGCAAAGAAUCUCCAACUUCUCUUUAGCAGCUGGUGAGGCUCCCUUGCCUGCUGAAUACUUAGUGCCUACUAGUCCACCUACCUCUGCCCCAUCCCCUCACCACAUUGGUAAUUCAAGUGUUUUUAAGGUGACCAAUGACUCUUUGAAUACAGAAGGGUGUCGCUUGCCCUCCAAUGUGCUGAUCACUAGUGCCACAGUGCCAGCCCUGGAUGAUACAGAGGACUGUCACUUAGGUGCCAGUGAAGAGUGUCAUGAGACAGUUGAAACAGAUCAUGAGGUACAUUUGCCCUCCUCCAGCCAAGCCAGCAAGGUGAGGCACCUAACACUAAGUCCUGGCUCUGAAUGCCUUUACCAGUCAGCAUCUGUAAGUGCAACUCCUGGUGCAGGAGGAACUGAGGUGCAUGAUUGCCAUGUGUUAAGUGGGGAGCAAAUUGUACAGAGUGUGGUACUGGUGGCUGAGCCUCCAGUUACUGGUUGCUAGCUCACCAGAAACACUUUUUUUACUAUGACUGGAAUCUUAAAGAAGACUUAUAACAGUGA